AUGGGCUCUACAUCUGACCCUCACCAUCGAACACGCCGACACAAUAGUCCAGUUUCUAUAACGAAUGAAAGAUCUCGGCACAGCAGUUUGAGCAAUAAUGAGGAGGAGGACAUAAACACUACAUUAUCAUUGAGCGGAGAUGGUGACACAGCCAACUCGAUAUCAAGUCCUCGCAAGCAUCGGCGCAACUACCGAGAUUCUAGGCAUCACGGACGAGUUCGAAAUAGCAGCUCGGGCAAAAGCGAGGGUGGCAUCAAAACCAGCAAGAGACAUUCCACUUCCCGCAAUCACGAAGACAGAGAUGAUGCCAUAGGUACUGCUCGUCGCCACCACCAUCAUCGUCGCCAUCGGUCUAGCCGCAACGGCCAUUCUUCAGACCUGUCAAAUUCUUCAAAACGUAGACACAGACAUAGGAGGCCACAUCAUUCGUCAAGAUCACGAGACAGUAAUCGGGACUACUCGGUAUCCCGUCAAAGAAGCUUGCGAUAUCGACGGAGCGAGGAACUCGUCAAAGCCUCUACCGAUACUGUAACCUCCUCUUCGUCAAGCGAAAAAGAAAAUCAAAUAUCCAUCUGGGAAGUUCAGCAUGGUAGUCGAUUGGAAGUAUUUCCGCAUAGUGACAAAGAGGAAUCAGUGGAAUCAUGGUGGCAAAGAGUUUCUCGCAAGCGAAGAGUUUUUCCCAAGCCCUUGAAGUACAAAUUCUUGGUUUGUUCAAUGGUGGCAAUCGUCGUUGUAGCUGUCAUAGCAAUCGCCUUGUCUUCGAAUGAAAUUCACGAGUCGAACGAAACAAGCAAUAGCCAAAAUGCGGACAACGUUGCCGACAUUUCGGCAGAAGCGCCAUUCAAGGCACCCUCCAAUAAGGAACCCACCCCGACCACAUUCCCGGUUUCGACACGGAUACCAACGCUACCACCCAAAACCAGUGCUCCUACGUCACCACCCACUAUAGCACCUACUAUGGAAAGCGUGUCACCGACAGAAGAAAAUGUCGCCACGUAUAUUCCUGGCAAAUUGACGGUAAAAUCCAACGGAUUACUCUUGAGUGAAGGCCUGAGCAGUCGAAUUAUUGCCACUUCAGGAAAACCAGUCACUCUGACUGGAUUUUCACCCGCAUCCACUAGCAACGAAGACUUUCACGAAAAACCAGAUGGAGCCGCCAUUUUCCCAUGGUUCGAAACUGGAGGUUGGGUGUAUGUUUCCAAUUCGGAGGUAAAAGAAACGGGAAGAGGAGGAGUGGGGGGCAUUUAUUUUGACAAGGACGGACAUGUAGUGGAUUAUAGACGAUUAUUGGAUGGAACCACCAUGAAUUGCAGUGGUGGACCUACACCGUGGGGAACUUGGGUCUCCUGUGAAGAAAUCAAUGGUGGCGAGGCUUAUCAAGUCGAUCCUUUUGGUAUUCAUCCUCCCGAGCCACUGUCAACACUGGAUACAGGAUAUUUCGAAGCCUUUGCCUAUGAUGCUCGCAAUCCUCAAAAACCCGCGUUCUAUGUGACCGAAGAUAAGGAACGGGGCCCUUUACGACGAAUUAUUCCCAGUAAUCCCGACUGGGAAGAUCCUUGGAAAAUUCUGCAUGAUCUGGGAACGCUAGAAUAUUUAGUGCUCGAACCGACUGCUGAGAAUAACAACACGUCUGGAAGCUACUACUGGACCACUGAUCGCGAAACUGCUAAGAUGAAUUCUCAACAGUAUUACAAGCAUUCCGAAGGAAUUGAUGCCUACAACGAUCAACUCUUUUUCGUGUCGAAGGUACAGAAAGAGCUAUUCAUUUUGAAUUUGGACUCGAAAACCUAUGAAGUUCAUUCAACAGUAUCAGGCAUCUUUGAUGGACAUCCCGAUCAAAUGAAGCGAUUGAUUCACAAUGGUAUGUUGUACUUUUGCGAAGAGGGCGGCAAGGAAAAUGGUGUCCAUGCGAGGGAUGAACAUGGAUGGUAUUUCAGCAUACUGGAGAGUGAAUCGCUAAGUGACGAAACGACUGGACUGGAUUUUUCACCCGAUGGAAUGCACAUGUACGUGUCCUUUCAGCAUAAUGGCUUAAUCUUUGACGUCUGGAGAGAGGACGGGCUUCCCUUUCAUGGACGCACUUUGAAUGUCAAGUAUCAUGCAAUUAGUCAAGCCAGCUUGUAA